AUGCAGCAGACUGUCAUCCGUCUCAACAAAGAACGAUCUUCGGUUCGUGGCUUGCAAGUAUACAAGGAAGAUGUCCCGAAAGCCUCUAAGCAUGAAGUGAUAAUGAAGGUUCAUGGAGUGUCUCUGAACUACAGGGAUAUUGCAAUUGCCACUUCCCAGUAUCCAUUCCCCGUCAAGGACAACGUGGUCCCUUGCUCCGAUGCCGCCGGAGUUGUUGUCGAAGUUGGCGAGGAUGUACGAGAUAUACUAGCUGUCGGAGACCAUAUAAUUGGAACUUUGGAUUUCAACAAUCUCUUCGGCCAACAAUCGAACUGGCUAGGGGGACAAGGUGGGCCCGUUGAUGGUGUGCUUAGGGAAUACCUUGCUAUUCCUGCAAUUUCCGCGGUCAAGGUGCCUAAAGAUUGCCCUCAGACCUUCAAUGAGUGGUCAACUCUUGUUGUUACCGGUGUGACCGCUUGGAAUGCGCUAUACGGUAACGUGCCUUUACGCCCAGGCCAGAUUGUAUUGCUGCAAGGCACUGGAGGUGUUUCUAUUACCGGGCUUAUUCUUGCUAAGGCCGCAGGAGCGACUACUAUCAUUACUUCCUCAAGUGAUGAAAAGCUUGAGCUUGCUAAGUCGAAGUAUGGGGCUGGUAUGGUUGUAAACUAUAAGAAACACCCUGAAUGGUCUAAAGAAGUUCUUCGGCUCACCAAUGGUGAGGGCGUGGAUUUCAUACUUGAAACUGGUGGCUCCGGCACAAUCUCCGAGAGUAUCAACUGCCUCAAGAUGGGAGGAAAUGUUUCGGUUAUUGGAUUUUUGUCCCGUGCUAAGCAACACGGGAUGCCGGAUGUUGCUUCGCUUGCUUUAGCAAAAGGUGCCACCAUUCGCGGUAUCCAAGGGGGUUCAACUCAACUUCUUCAGGAGGUGGCCCGUUCUGUAGCGCGCAACGGUCUUCGUCUACCCGUGGAGACAGUUUACAAGUUCACGCUGGAAGAUGUGAUCAAGGCCUAUGAGUUUCUUUCAUCUGGUACGCACGUGGGUAAGAUUUGCAUUCAAGUUAUUCAGUAG